AUGUUUGUUGGUUAAUUGAGUAUAAAAUAAUUAUUAUUAUUAGUAACAAGUCAAUAAUAUAGAAUAACACGAUGCUAUUUUAUUCAAUUAUAAUCUGAGGAAAAAUGUAUUAAAAUGUCUCAACAAUAUUUUAAUAAGAUAGUACAAAAAAAGUUUGUUAAAUUUCAAAAACAACUACCCUCCAAUACCUAGUUAUGCAACAUAUUGUGAUUCAUUUAUUCAGCUUGUGCAUAGGUGGAAAACAAAUUUACAUUUUUUUAAAGUUGUGGAGCAUUUGCUAAAAAAUCAGAUUAAAAAUGUUAAGCAAUAAGUAAUAGAUUUAUAUCAGAUGGAACUCUUUGUAUGGAAAUAGAUGAUUGCACUACUUAUAAAAAAUAAAUAGUUUGUAUCAAAAAAACUGUAGGAAAUUCAUGCUAUUGGGAUUCAACAAAUAAUACAUAUGUAGAUUCUAACACUUGCGAUAAAUUACCAUAAAGUUUAAUUUCUGACAAAGUUUGCAGAGAUGCCAUAAGGACAUGUACUACAAAGGGUGGAGGUGGAUGUUUAAUAACUGUAAAUAAUUAUUUUGAUUUAAAAUUAGAUAGAUAAUGUGUUUGGAACGAAUCAAAAACAACAGUUUAUUUGUGGGAUAGUGCAAAAAUUGUAAAGAUAGAAAUUGUGAUAAUUCUUCUAAAAAUUGA